AUGUCCUCAAGCCUCGCAAAGACACUCGUAAUCCCGGCCACUAUCUCCCUAGUCCUCUACGUUUUCCUCUCUCAUCUCAUCCUCCCAUUCUUCCGGCACUACCACCAACGCUACGCCCAUUACCUCCCGCUACACACCAUCUCCGCGCACACUUCCUCUCUCCGUGACCGCAUCGGCGACACCCUCAUGCGCUGCGUCCUGCGCUCAUCAUCCUCAUUUCCAUGGCGCAGGAAUAGUGUGGCCGGGCCUGGGGGGGAUCAUCACGAUAAUGUCAGCAUUGAUGAUGAGGAGGGUGAGAUUAUGGUUGGGAUGCAUAUGGAUCCAGCGAGGAGGAGGGAAUUGGAGAGGAGGUGGGAUAGUAGGCCCGAAUCGGAGGGGAGGUUGAGUCGGGAUUUGGAGGAGGGCUUUAUGGAUGAUAGUGAUGACGAGGAGGAUAGAGGGCGUCGUUAA